AUGACGGUGGCAGGAGGUGCCUGUCAGACCUCGGUUCUGCCACUCCUGAAAGCCACGUCCACUGCGGACACCAUUGUUCCUGUUUCUUUACCUCCCUGCCUGAGAAAACCAAAAGCCAAGGCACCGCUUCCUCCAGCUGAGACCAAACACCUUGAUGCCUCUUCAGUUGAUGAUACUGUAGAUUCCUCUGCUUGCAUCAUGGAACAGAAAGAAAACAUGAUAGAUAAAGACAUUGAACUCUCAGUGGUACUACCUGGAGAUAUUAUCAAAUCCACUACUGUGCAUGGCAGUAAACCUAUGAUGGACUUGUUGAUAUUCCUCUGUGCACAGUAUCACUUAAACCCAUCAAGUUACACAAUUGAUCUGCAGUCAGCUGAAAAUAACCCCAUUAAAUUUAAGCCAAACACACCAAUAGGAAUGUUGGAGGUGGAGAAAGUCAUUUUAAAGCCAAAAAUUUUGGAUAAGAAGAAACCUACACCUAUAAUACCAGAGAAAACUGUGAGAGUCGUGAUCAAUUUUAAGAAAACGCAGAAGACAAUAGUGAGAGUCAGCCCACAUGCACCACUUCAAGAACUUGCCCCCAUUAUAUGCAGCAAAUGUGAGUUUGAUCCACUGCAUACACUGUUGUUAAAGGAUUAUCAAUCUCAGGAGCCCCUUGAUUUGACAAAAUCUCUUAAUGACCUCGGACUAAGAGAAUUAUAUGCCAUGGAUGUCAGCAGAGCCACUUCUGUUACUGCCUCCAAUAAGUCGUCCUUACAAGAAUCCUGCCAAAUAUCACAAAACCUAGACAUUAUGAAGGAGAAAGACAAUAAAGGGUUUUUCAGCUUUUUUCAACGCAGUAAGAAAAAGCGGGAACAGACUGCAAGCGCUCCUGCAACCCCUCUCGUAAGCAAGCAUCGGCCAACGUUUACGAGGUCCAAUACCAUUUCCAAGCCAUACAUUUCAAAUACUCUGCCGUCGGAUGCACCCAAGAAGAGGCGUGCUCCCCUGCCUCCAAUGCCAGGGUCUCAGAGCGCCCCCCAGGACCUCGCUCACAUCCAGGAGAGAGCAGCUGCUUGUGUAGUGAAAUCCUUGAGUGUGGAUGAAACAGAUAAGAGUCCCUGUGGAGCAGGCAUAGUGAGGACCGGCUCACUGCAGCUCAGUAGUACAUCUGUUGGCAAUUCAUCUUUGAAAAGGACAAAGCGAAAAGCACCUUCCCCACCCUCCAAAAUGCCCCUGCAUCAAAGUGAUGACACCGAUCAUGUGACUGAAGCCGCCCUUGGCCCCGGGCUCUCCAGUCAUGAACAGUGCCCUGUGCCCAAACUGCCGGAAGAAGCCCCUCUCUCGGAGUGCCUUGGAUCGCCCGAGGCGGCCGCAGCGGCUCUGACACCUGGAAUUAGCUCUGAUCAUAGCCUUGAAGAGAUAGAUGAAAAGGAAGAACUGAGUGAAGUGCCUAAAGAUGAGGCUGAAAAGAUUUCUCUGAAGUCACAAGAUAUUCCUUUUGGAUCUACUGAUACAGUAAAUACACUGAAAAAUGAUCCUAACUCAGCCCUUGGCAAUGUUACUGGAGACUCCUCACAAAACUCCAAAGAAGAAAAACAAGAAGCUAGAAACACAGAUGGACAAGGACCACACAUUAUGGUAAAUAAUGCAAACAAUGAAGAGAGGGUAGUCGACAGCGUAAGAAACUUGAAGUCAUUGGGCUCAAACCAGGAAAGUGUAGAUCAAAAUGAAAUAAUUGUCAUCCCAAUGAACACAGAAGUGAAUAUGAAAAAUGGAGUGAGGAUAACAGAAAUCAAUGUGGGAGGUGUUGCCAGAAAUAACAGUGUGGACAUGGGAGUUGACAGACUAUCAAACUAUCAGGCACAAAAAACUGAUACGGCUGAAAGUUACAAGGACAGUCCUCUCGCUGCACCAUUAGUGCCAGACCAAAAACUGAAUCAACCCAGUGAGGAAAAGACAAAAAUGCAAGAUGCAGCAAUUCAGACGACCCCUUCCUCUGACACUUUGGAGGGGAAUCACCAAGAUCAGAAUUUGUCUAAUUUCAAAGCUAAUGAAAGUGUGCAAACUCCAGGUAACAAUAAAUCAACUCAGCACUCAUCUCUAAGUCCCCAAGAUUCUGCUGUGGGUGCCUCAAGGAAAUUCAGGAGUCGGGGCCCCUUAAACGUGCAUUCAGAGAACCAACUCGCCAUAAAAGAUCCAAUUUGUGCACAUGGUAAUGAGGACCUUUUGCCUCCUGUAGAUGGGACUGAUAAAAACUCGACUAUUUCUUAUACAAAGAAUUAUCCACUUUAUAGACAAGACUGUUAUCCCAAGCCCAAACCUUCGACUGAGAUCACAAGGGAGCUCGUACCCAGAGCAGGAACGACUACUUACACAGUAGUGCCUCCCAGAUCCCGGGAGGUCCUGAAGAACUGGGAAUCAGAAACCACUGAGUAUAAAGAUGAUCACGAGAUACAUACUUUAGGGAAAAAGCACACUGGUGAGAAUGUGAAAGAAACUGCAAUCCAAACAGAAGAGCUUGUUAUUUCCAACAGCCCAGAGGAGCCCCAGGCAGACCUCGAACUGCAGCCUAGCCCAAGAACAGAGCGUCAGGUGCACGGGGUGGCGAGCUCACCCCGCGUUGCCAUGGGGAGUCCUCUGCAACCUACUCUCAGAAUGACAAGGGACACUGGUGCAGCUCCUUUUGUGCCGAAGUUGGAAGAUAUAAACAAUAUUUUGGAGUCAAAACUUAAAUCUCGGGUUUCAAAUCCCCAGACCAAACCAAGUACUUUUUUCCUACAGAUGCAAAAAAGAGUUUCAGGUCACUAUGUGACAUCUGCUGCUGCCAAGGGUGUGCAUGCGGCCCCUAACCCUACUCCAAAAGAACUAAUAAAGAAAGAGGGGGAGAGGGAUGCGAUACCUCCUCCAGAACAAACUCUUUCUCCCUUAAGUAAAACAACUCCGUCCACACCACAGCCCCAGAUUAAAACCGCUGAUAACAUCAGCCUCCAGAAGCCUACUGAAAGCCCUCCGCCUCCCAUAGCCCCGAGACCUGCUUCUCUUCCUGCCAGUCAAUUAGCAGCACUCAAUCUGAAAACUUUGAAAACUUUUGGUGCCCCGAGGCCUUACUCGAGCUCUGCGCCCUCACCGUUUGCCCUCGCUGUAGUCAAACGGUCACAGUCUCUCAGCAAAGUGCGCACAGUGUCACACGGGGAGGGGGCCGCCCAACCUCCACCUGACACAGAAGAAGGGAAGGUUCCUUCUGUAAAUCAGUUUGUGGGCAUCCCACAACUAUUUGUGAGUGAUAAGGGACAUAACUCUGCACAUAAUGAACAGAAUUCCCAAAUACCAUCUCCAACUGACUGCCCAUCAUUCAUUCUUAAGAGACAAAGUUCUUUAACAUUCCAAAGCUCUGACCCAGAACAGAUCCGACAGAGUUUGCUGACUGCAAUUCGUUCUGGAGAGGCUGCUGCCAAAUUGAAAAGGGUUACUGUUCCAUCAAAUACAAUAUCUGUGAAUGGAAGGUCAAGACUCAGCCAUUCCACGUCCCCUGAUGCCCAGGAUGGCCCUUAAAUUAAGUGCCCUGUCCUAAUGCACUUACCCACCUCUACCGCAAAGAACAACGUCAUGCUGAUGGAGAAUGUUGGCAAAUGUAUAUUCAGAUGUACACUAAUAUAUUGUCUAUUAAAGUGUAAAAAUUUGUGCCGUGGCUUUUAAUGCCAAAAGAAGAAUUACAGAAUUUAUAAGUUAUAAUAUUUUUGGCCUUAUUUUGCCUUAAAAGCUGAAUAUGCUGCUUUAGAACUUUAAGACAAGGUGUUGAUGACUUUCAUUUUUUUUCAAGUGGGACAUAGUCACCUUUUGUUGAUUUUACUUGCUGACACAUCUCUACAGUAGGAAUUAGAUAAAAGAAUAAAUUAAGAUUCAGAGACUUGGAUUUGUGUGACAGAUAAAUAGGCAAAUAUAGAUCUGACAUUUGCUGCCUCAGUGUUACAGUUUAAUUGGAAAUGUUUAUAUUAAAGUGUGUUUUGGCUGAAAGUAUGAUCUAGAAAUCUAAGAAUAUCAAAUAAGUAUAUUUGGUUUGACAGUUCAUUUAAAUGAUGAAUCACUUAGUGUGCCAGUCUUCUCUUGUGUGUUCUUUAUGUAAUUACAAAAUCAGUGUCAAAUUUAUGGGAAGCUCAUAAUAUUUUAAUAUUAA